UAGGGUAGCUCCAGUCAUUCUUCUUUAACCACACCCACAGGCGCAUUUCUCAACAGUGCGCUUCUCUACCUGUUUAAGGGAACCAAAAAUGUGCGUUAAAGGACUAAAACGACAUUAAAGCGGCAAGAAAUUCAGCGGAAAUACAUGUAAACGCCUGUCUUUCAACUAGUAAUGGACUAAUACUUCUUUUGGUUUGAAGAUAAACUACUAUCAGCAGGAGAGGAUUUCCAGAGAAGAGGUAUUUGACUGCCAGCCAAGGACAUGGACUGGAAGACCUUCCAAGCCCUCCUUAGUGGGGUGAACAAAUACUCCACAGCGUUCGGGCGUAUUUGGUUGUCUGUGGUGUUUGUGUUCAGGGUGAUGGUUUACGUGGUGGCAGCGGAGCGAGUGUGGGGUGACGAGCAGAAGGACUUUGACUGCAACACCAAGCAGCCUGGCUGCGCCAACGUCUGCUACGACCACUACUUUCCCAUCUCCCAUAUCCGCCUGUGGGCCCUGCAGCUCAUCUUUGUCACCUGCCCGUCCUUCAUGGUGGUCAUGCACGUGGCUUACCGUGACGACCGCGAGCGCAAGUACAAAGCAAAGUUUGGAGACAAUAACAAGCUGUACAACAACACGGGCAAGAAACACGGCGGCUUGUGGUGGACCUAUCUGAUCAGCCUCUUCGUAAAGACAGGCAUCGAAGUCGGCUUCCUCUACAUCCUCCACCACAUCUACGACAGCUUCUACCUGCCGAGGCUGGUCAAGUGCAGUGUGUCUCCUUGCCCCAACGUGGUGGACUGCUACAUCGGCCACCCCACCGAGAAGAAGGUCUUCAGCUACUUCAUGGUCGGAGCUUCGGGCCUUUGCAUUGUCCUGAACAUCUGUGAGAUCAUUUAUCUUGUCUCCAAGCGCAUCGCGCGAAUUGUAAACAAGAUCAAAAGGCCCAAUCGCAACAACACUGUGCGUCACAACGACUACAAUGACGAGCCCUUUGACAACUGCAUCGACACUAUGCCAACGCGGAGCCAAAAGGAAAAGCCUCCAUCCUUUAGAAGUGCAGUCAUGUCUUCAAACAGGCCAUCUGGACUCAAACUUGAAGAGAAGAUACGAGCCUCUGCUCCUAAUCUGUCAAUUUCGUGAGUCAAAGAUCAGGCUGAAAUCAAGAGAUCAGCAGUGCCUGAGCUAUUACCCAUUGACAAUCCUCAGAAAACAGAGUCAGAACUAUGAGCCAAAUAUCUGUAUGAGUCAGACCCUGGAAGUUGAGUCAUCAGUACUGGAAUCAUUCCGUGGGCCCCCUGUGUCCACAUUUCAGACUCUUUCUUUUUAGUGAGGCCAAUCACUUUGGUUUCCAAGUCAACAUCCACAAUAUUUACAAAUCAGCUAGAGCCAAAUUGAUUUGGUAGUAACUGUUUUUCUUUUUUUAAAUACAAUAAAGGUCUGUGUGCCUUUUCAACUUUACCCCUUCACCUAUUUUAAAACAUUCCUGUAAGGUUACUCUACUCUCUUUCUUCUGAUUGGAGUUUUGACAUGGGAGGGAAAGGAAAUGAACAAGGAAGCAGGACACUCCCGGGAGAGGUAUUCCCCCUAUCUGCCAGUGAAUACAGUGCUGUGUCGGGGUGCACUGUUGUCAUUGAAUUGUUUUCAUUUAUUUUAGUGAUCUCAUUUUAUUUAACUGAACUGAAAUUGCUUUAUCUUCACAGGGCAUCGGUCCUGAUGACAUUGAAAAAUGGUAAACAGAGUGUGGACACUCCAAAGUCAUAGAGUAAUGGCUAAGUAGUACUUGAAGGUGCGUAUACUGGCCAAGACAAAAAUGUUUUUACAUUUAUUUUUUUCAGGUGAGCAACAAAACGUAUAUAUUAUUGGUAUAUUUCUUAAUCUAAAGCCUCUGUGGACAUAAGCUCGGUCUCAGGUUUAUGCUGCACUGUUAUCUGCCGUACGUAGACUGUGUGUUUUGACGUGCUUGUACACAAACUCGCCUCAUCCAAGACCACUGUUGAUUUUAAUAAGGCAAAAGGAAUGCUGCUGUUUAAUUCUGUGUUGGUAGAGCUGCAGCACAAAAGCGGUAGAAGGUUGGACAGAUGGCUCAUUGAACUACAUCACGUAUUUUUGCGAGUCCCUAAACACAACUGUGGACAUCAGAUGGAAAUGUAAUUUAUGCACUUUUUUUAACAAAUUUUUACAAAAUUUAAUAAAGUUUAUUGAAUGUGUUUCUGUUUGCUGUUUUAACAGUAAGGGCAGCUAAUGCCUUAUGUUAAUUUCAUUUCUGGAAUAGUGUUUCUAUUUACGCAUGUGGGACAAACACGUUUUCUCCGAGGA